CCCCGGAGAACUUCUGCCCAAUCAAAGAGCGGUUUGAAUGAUCGACACUUCCGUGCGCAUGCGCAGUGUUGCUCUGACUGUAGCGCGGGAGUACAGUGGUACAAUGGGAAGGACGUUCAUAGACACAGCAGUUGUCAACAGUGUCGAAUGGUCUGUUCCAUCCUGUUGACAUGGAGGAGGAAUUCUCGCAGUCCCUCACCCCGCCUGUAUCCCCAUCUGCUCUGGAUCAUUAUGGUGAAUCUGCUCCCAGUCGGCCUCCCUGCUUCACCUGUGCUUAUGAACCAGGUAGAGAAGAGACAGGACGACUGUCAUCAAAUGGCUACAUCAGCAGAGGAGCCCUGAAGAGGUUGCUGUUAAAGCUCGAUCCAGCUCCUGCGGAUUUUGAGGGGGACAUGGUUGAUAUUUUUGACUUCCCAUGGGUGACAGAAACAGCGCUGGUAGAAUCUACCAAACUUCUGUUUGGCUUGUUCAGACAAAAGGUGUUCAAACUGGAGACACUGGUGCAGUCCAGCUCACAUGAUUUUGGUCAAGCGAGCAGUCUUCAUUAUGAGGCAGAGGAACUCAGACAGCAGUGUGUGCUGUUCCUCAGCUAUAUCAAGGUCUUCAUUUACAGGUUUUUGGAGCCCUCACAAUCCCUAGAUGAAGGUCCUGUUCAUCCCUUUAAAGAUGCGGAAGCUCAGCUGCCCUCAGUCUUGGUGGAGGAGCUCUUCAGUAUCACACAGCUUAUUGGACGAAUCAAAAAUCUGCCAGCCAACGUCCAGAGUGCUCUUACGAUUCAGCAUCAGGGAAAGCUCUUUCCUCCAUCUUGGCAAUUAUUGCAUCUGCACCUGGACAUCCACUGGUCUGUUCUGGAGAUCCUGCACCUGUUGGAGCAAAGGAUGAUGGGUCAGGUAGUUUAUGCGCACCAGUUCGUGAAUUUGACCGGCGAGACGCUCACAAACAUCAGUCUGUUUGAGGACCAGGUCAACAGCCUGCUCUGUGAUCUCAUUGGCCUGGCCAUGAACAAAUAUAAUAAGGUGAGACCAACAGAGACUUUGACCACCCAUCACUAUCACUGCCUGUGCACAAAGGAACUAUGGAUCCUACUCAUACAUUUACUAGAGCACAGGAGCAAAACCAUACACACUCAGUCUUUUUGGAGUUACGUAAAUGCCCUGCUGCAGACUGUCCUGAAGGGGAUGCCUUCAGGAGACCGUGACCCAGGUCUCCCCAUACACUGUAAAGACCCUGAGGGCUUCACCUGGUGGCUGCUCACACACCUGGCCCAGAUUGGGAUGCACAACCAGAACGGCAUUGCUCAACAGGAGAAACAACUUGAGGAUAAUUGGAACUUUGUGAUGGGGCUGCUGAAGUCUAGCUGUGAUCCAAAGAAAGCUGCACAGGAGGAACAGAUACGAAUGAUUGUUCACUGCUGCCUCAGCCUCAGCUUGAUGUGGGCCCCAAAUGUCAGUGCUGUCACAACACUCUGGGAGUAUUACAGCAAAAAUCUAAACAGCUCUUUCACCGUGCCCUGGUUAGGUGUGUCAGGGCUGGGCAGUAUCAGCAGGACUCCUCUCUGUCUGCUGCAGCAGGCUAAGAGCUGCUGUAGCCCUGCAUCUGUCGGCUCCAACUCUCACACGCAGCUCUACCGCUCAACCAACUCCUUCCAUAUCUUCCUGCAUAUUCUGGCCCUUCACCUGAGCCAGGAACAUGCUGGCGGCGCCCCCUGGAGACAGAUCAAGGGCAGACUCUACUCAAAGUUCCACCAGAGGAGAAUGACGGAGCUCUCUGACACAGGCCUGCUGCACUUCCUGCUGCUUUUCCUGGUCCUGGCGCAGUGUGCGGAGCUGGAGGAUGUGGCCAGCCGAGCGUGCGACUUACUUGCCAUGCUGCCCGCUGACUCCACGCCCCCUGCCCUGCGUGCGCUGCAGUGGAGGGGCCAGCUGGCUCUCAUGCUAUUGUAUUUGGAGAGGGGAAUGGAUGCUGGCGCACUUGCGGGGCAGUUGGCCGCCUACUUCAGCCAAGCGGCCCGCGAGUUCUACCUGAAGACCACCGAGCCUUCGCGCAAGCUAGCUCUCUGGGCACCACUUAGCUCGUACCUGGAGGGGGUGAGCGAGGUGUUUGAGACAAGUCCUAAUCUUACGCUAUCAGAGGAAAGGCUUCUGAACGAGGGCUUUGGACUGCUACUGCCUGCCUGUCGUCAGUCCGAGCUCAGCUCCGCUUUGGGCUUCCUGCAGACACUGCUGGCACAAUUACGGAGAGUUCACCAGCGCUGUGGCCAGCCGUCUCACUCUGUAGACUCUUUCAGUUGGGUUCCUCUCCCCAGCGUGGCUAAAGAGCGCCACCAAGCGGUGGCAGCGGCACUCUGGUCUCACUUCUUCCCCUUCCUGUGCAGCAUGAGGCUUUCCCAGACCCCCCCGCCACAGCUCGCGGACGCCGCAGCAGGCUUCACAUUGUUGGCAUUAGACAUGCCUGGCUCUGCCCCUCAAAACCUACAGCCCCACCCCAUCCAGUCCAUUAUGCAAAGCUUCGGCUGGGAUGAAAUGCUCCACCCCCUGCUGGUAACCCACUAUCUAAAUCACCUGCUGCAAAAUGGAGAGCUGGUCAGUUGGGUAAGCUCUGGGCCAGGUUCAGGUUCGGCCCAGGCUUUAUGUGUGCGUGCCUGGAUCCGCUGUGUUCUACAACAGUACCUCCAUAAAAGCCAAGAUGCUCCAGAUACAAGAGCAGGCAGAAAUCUGGAUGAACAGCUGGCCGAGUUAACCAGACAGGUUCUGCGACUUCCAGAAGUGGAGUCUGUGCUGCAGAGAGCCGGCCUGCAUCCUGCUGCUGCCAAAGAUCCCAAACCUGCAAUGGCUGUGUUCAUCAAGGCUGUGGGUCGAUCAUACUGUGAGCUCCAGCUCCUCUCUGAGCGUUCUUCAGCGGUGUCCCGAGCACUGGAGUAUGUAGGAGACAUCCUCAAAUAUAUCAAGCCUUACCUGCUAAACAAGAGCCGGGAGGGUCUACAGCUGGCAUACUGGACUGCAGGCUACUUGGUCAAGCACUGGAGCCACCUGUUGGCCACCUCGAAAGCUCAGCAGCUGCUCUUCCGCAUUGUAGAUGUGCUGUUACUGUCCCACGCUCUUCUGCAACAGGACAGUGGAGCACACACUCAAAUGCUUUCAGCCCUCAAAGAAAGCUUGCCUCUGUUCCUGCAGGGUUUGUCAGUGGCGGUGAGUGUGUCCCAAUCUCAGGGGGCAUACCUAAAGCAGCAGCUGCACAGUGUUAUUUCCCAGUACCUGAGCCGCUUUCUCCCAUCCACACCCUCUACUGGAGCGGUGGUCAAUCAUCCUGUCCUGCUGGCAGCCUGCGAAUCAACACCCACUCCACAGGGGGAAAGACUCAGGAGGAGCAUUCUGCAUGUGCUGAGAGAGAACUUCCUCCAGUUUAAAGGUGUCGCUCCUCCACCUCGACUCGCUGCUGUUCUCUCUUUCCUGUUGGAGCUCCUGAAACGGAACAAUGACAGAGAUCCUGCCUUACUCACAGUUCCACUUCCUUUGGUGCUGCGCUGUCUGAUGCUGGUCAACGAACCACAAGUAAAGAGGCUGAGCACGGAGGUUACGCAGCUUAUUGUGGAGCGGUGCACUGCUAUAGUAGGAGAGCAGCCAUGUGAACACACCACUACUAUUCUACGGGCCUUCGUGGAAGAGAAUGAAGGUGUAUACGACCAGCAAGUGUAUAAUGUUCUAGAAGUUGUGGCUGUCCUUCACCCCUUCACAGUGACGGCCCUUAUUCCCUUUCUGUCACUGAGCCUUAGAAAGACAGAGUGCAAGAGAGGUCUGGGAAAAAAUACCUCACUCAGGAAUGGCUAUAGGAGGCUGCUGGCCCUGCUUGGAGACAGUGGACAGGCUGAGAUGAUUAGUUUAGAAGAAGACUGAUUUGAAUCAACUCUCAAUACUCUUUUGUAAAAGGGUUUACAUGGUGUAGACUUUAUAGUGGAUAUUGUGAAUAAACUUUGUUUGAAUA